UCUCCAUUUUGUAUGUUUUUCCUGGAGGUUAGCGCCUACUUUCCUAAUGGCUAGCUGCAGGUCCCCACAGCUCAGCCAGUUCAAUGCAGUUUGCAUGACUGUUCCCAGCUAGAUCGAACUGGAUGACCGAGGACCCCCACAGGAAGACCGAGGCUGGCGUGUCGUCGCAUUUCUGGACAUGUAGCUCGGACGCGACGCGUUGAGUGUAACGUUGACAAACAGAGUCGAGCUUGUGUUGCGUGGUGUUGACUGCCAGUUUCAACGAAAACAAUGUUGACAGACGACAUACGGACACCUAUCAACAAACAGUCGUUUCAAGGAUGGAUAAAAGCUUGAAGAAGGUGCCAUAUCCAAGAGAGGACCAUCUGAGCAAACUGGUCUACACCGAAAGCCCUGAGCUGGGAGGUCUGUUGAAAGUGGCCCCUCGCAAUGCCGUGUCCAUCGCGUCUGCCGGCCCUGUGAUCCUCCCAUCCAGCCCGUUGAUGCAGCCAGGAGAGGUGCCGAACGGCCUCAGCAACAGCCCCCUCCCAGAGGACCUCGCCUCCGCUUUCAUCACUGCCACAUUGCGGCCCUCCUUUGACAGCGCCGGCCCCAGGAGCCAGAGCAAAGUCCAGAGGCCCCAGCUUUUGUCCCACACGCACACGUCCACGGCACUAGGGAGUCAGAGCCUGGCGGGACAUUUCGAGGCCGGCAUCGGAGACCACACCCAUUGCUCCAUGGAUUCUCUCACCGGGGGGUCAGAUCCCAACUUCUUCCCCAUGAAAAACGAGGACUUCUCCAUGGAUAAGGGAGACCAGGAUCCAAUCGACCUCGAUCAUGAUUUUGGGCCGAUUGGGAAAGAUGUGGACGUGAGCCAGAAACUGGUCAAUGAGAACACGCUGGACCUGCUCCAAGACUUUGAGCUCACAGGGUCUCCCUCAGAUUUUUAUGUGGGAGAUGAUGCCUUCCUUUGUACUCUAGGAGACGAUUCUCUUCUCGGGGACGUUACAUCGGAGAAGUUCGAGAGCAGCAAUGGCAGUGGGGCGGUCUCUGUUGCGCUCAAUGGGAGCAAUAUGACAAGCCCAGAUCAGUCCACCUCUGGCAUAUCCUCGGCUUCCCCGCUGACCCCUUCAACUCCUCUGUCUUUAUUGGUAAAGAAAGAAAAGGACGCGGGCUUCAUCCAGCUGUGCAGCCCGGGAGUGAUCAAGCAGGAGAAAACAUCUGCAGGCCACAGUUACUGUCAGAUGAGCGGCGCGUCCUCCGCAAAUAUGCCCAGUUCGAAUCCCAUAUCCAUCUGUGGGGUCAGCACGUCGGGGGGGCAGACCUACCACUUCGGAAUGAACGCAAGCGGCGCCGAAGCGCAGCAGCACAAGGACCAGAAGCCCGUGUCCGGUCUGUUCCCCCUGGUCACCACCAUCGGCGGCGCCUGCAACACCAGCCAAGGUCUUGGGGACGACCUGUUGAUGCAGAGGGCCAGCGAAGCCUUCUCCGCUGCUCUGCCCUUCCCCACCCCCUUUUCCAGUUCAACCACCAAACUCGAUGGGGGCAUCGGUACAUCCACGGCGCAGGGAAAGAGCAAGGCUCAGAAAAUCUGCCUGGUGUGUUCUGACGAGGCUUCAGGCUGCCACUAUGGCGUUCUCACCUGCGGCAGUUGCAAGGUCUUCUUUAAGAGAGCAGUGGAAGGGCAACAUAAUUACCUGUGUGCUGGGAGGAAUGACUGCAUCAUAGACAAGAUCAGGAGGAAAAACUGCCCCGCCUGUCGGUUCCGCAAGUGUCUCAUGGCAGGCAUGAACCUGGAAGCGCGUAAAACCAAGAAGAUGAACCGCGAAAGGCGUCAGCAGAGCAACCCGCAGGAGCUGCUUCCCCCUCUACCCGUGGAGACUCGCUCCCUUGUACCCAAGUGCAUGCCUCAACUCGUACCCACCAUGUUGUCUCUGCUGAAAGCCAUCGAGCCGGACACCAUCUACGCUGGCUACGACAGCACGCUGCCCGACACCUCCACCCGCCUCAUGACCACGCUCAACCGGUUGGGCGGGCGACAGGUCAUCUCAGCCGUCAAGUGGGCCAAGGCACUGCCAGGAUUCAGGAACCUACACCUGGAUGAUCAGAUGACCCUCCUGCAGUGCUCCUGGCUCUUCCUCAUGUCGUUCGGCCUUGGCUGGAGGUCUUAUCAACAGUGCAACGGCAACAUGCUCUGCUUCGCUCCAGACCUCGUCAUCAAUGAGGAGCGGAUGAAGCUUCCCUACAUGGCCGAGCAGUGCGAACAGAUGCUGAAGAUUUCCACUGAGUUGGUCCGGCUGCAGGUGUCUCAUGAAGAGUAUCUCUGCAUGAAGGUCCUGUUGUUGCUCAGCACAGUGCCAAAGGACGGCCUGAAGAGCCAGACGGUGUUCGAUGAGAUUCGAAUGUCGUACAUCAAGGAGCUGGGGAAAGCCAUCGUGAAGCGUGAGGAGAACUCCAGCCAGAACUGGCAGCGCUUUUAUCAGCUUACCAAGCUGCUCGACUCCAUGCACGAGAUGGUCGGAGGGCUGCUCGAUUUCUGCUUCUACACCUUUGUGAAUAAAUCCCUGAGUGUGGAGUUCCCAGAGAUGUUGGCAGAGAUCAUCAGCAAUCAGUUACCAAAAUUCCGUGCCGGCAGUGUCAAAGCUCUCCUGUUCCACCAGAAAUGACGAGUCCCCGUAACAGACAGAAUGCCUUAAACCGUCCCCUCAUCAUCCCCACCCGAUAAGCGACAAGGAGAGCGCUGACGACGUGAGACGAGGGACAUGGCACUUGUUAUGUUUUAUUUUUUAAUUCUUUUUGAAAGCGACUAUGCAACGUUGCGUGGUGGCUUGCGUGUCUGGAAGGAGGCAGACUGCGGACGUUUGUGUGGGAAACCCGACCGUGAGCUCACAGUUUGUUUCAUUGUGCAGUCUGAGAUGUAGUGUGUAAGAAAAAGCAAGAAAUGUUUGUAAGAUAAGAGAGUUAAUCUCAGAGUGGAUAACAGACUGUCUACGUCAUCUCAGGUUUCUUACCUUCAAAUACAGAGUGAUCUCUAAAAAUAGAUAAAACAAAUAUCUAUGUACAGGUUCUGAUAGUAUUUUCUAUGUUUUCAAAUUCUAACAGUUUCUACUGUUUUCCAGGUUAUUGUUGUUGCUUGGAAGGUAACAAAGAAUAACUAACAUACUCUUAAGUAGGCUUUUAGACUGUAAGCUUUUUAGGAGGUUGUAAUCAUGUUUUGAAUCAUUUUAAAAAGCAUAUUUUUGCUUUAGUGGAUACUUUGGACGUAAUAAGCUAUUCUUUUGGAUUGUUAAGCGAUCAUUCAAAAGGUGAUUUCUCCCACAAGCCAACCUCUUCCAGGUUUACACACAUAUACUAUAAAAAGGGAAAAAUAUGUGCCUUUUUUGCUUCAGAUAUCAUCUUAGCCGUUUUUAUCUUACGUGAGUUUUAGCCCAUUAUACUCUACCUUCACCAUAUGCUGAUUGUACUCGUCAUGUCACACACAGAUGCAGGUUUUUCCUUUUAACCUUCCAUGGCUGUGGUAUAUUUAGAUGCGGCAGCUCGGCUCGUCGUUCGUGCGUAGAAGUCCUCCUUUCGUUGGAGACCGAACAUUCAAAGUCUGCUCUCUGUCCCACAUUCUCCUGCGCAGCACACCCUCAGAGUGCAGUUCAAGCACUUUGUACCUUGGCGAAACGCUUUAAAGACUGUGAAGAAAGACUGUUAUAUAGUACAAGUCAGUUCUAUACGAUUUCGGAUGGAAGCGGAGGACUUUCACUAGGAAAUAGCCUUUUGGGGUUAUUUAGCCCCUCCUGUCCUGACAGUGUGAUAAUGAAAUGCGAUAGAUAUGUGCGUCUACCAAUCAGAAAUAAAGGUCAUGGUUUGUUUUUCUUUUUUAUUCAUUUUUCAUUUAUCAAAUCUCCUUCCUGUUGUACCACACCUCAAACUAGAUGGAAGCAGGCAUUUGGACAGAAAGUUCUACUUUGUAAAACCAACAGAAGUGCAGACGACGGAAUGUCCACGUUCUCAAUAAGCAUCUGCUCUAAGUAGUAUGAUACUGAAGCCUCUGUAUUGUUGCUUUGCUUGUCGUGUGCUUGAAAGGAAUUGUUUAACGUUUUGGGAAGUGUGCCUUUUUCCCGUCUGUUUCUGUAAGUUCACCAGCUGCUAUUUCACAUUUAGUGUUGCGCACGUGCAACUGUCAAACCCUCAGCGAGAGAGCUCAUAGAUGACUUCCUGAAACGUGGAGCAGCUCCUUUCAAGGCGCACCGUUUGUCUGAUCGAUGGCUUGUGUGUUCAGCACUUUGGAUGGUGUGGAUGCUGACGACCCCUGACCCCUGCUUCCCCAGUGUUGUGUAGCCACCUUGUCUUCAUGUCUGUGAGUCUUGAGUACUUUUGCACGUUAAUUGGACUGCUUGUGUCGUAGUCACGCCCCAAUGUUCAUAGCACUUCGCGUUAGUUACCUCAGAGUUGUAUCGCAGUGAAAGUGGAGCAUCGCUGACAGAGGGGGCAGGCAAAAUGGAUCCUUUUAUUCUCUGGGAACUAUUUCAGUGCCAAACUCCUGUUUUGUCUGUUUUCAGUGAUGCUGAAAGUUGGUCAGUAUUUGUAACUCAAGGGGAAACUGUUCCCAGAAUUGAAACUAAUUGAUUUGACUUGAAAGGCGAAAGAGUGUAGAAUUAUCUGAGCUCCAUUCCACUGGAUUAAGGUCUUUGUUAGUGAGUCAUAAAUGUUGGGAGCACACGGCGCUCACAGACGUGAUCAUACAGAAUAUUGUAGGUCUGUCAGUUUUCUAUUUUUUAUAAGUAAGAACUUGAAAUAUGUUGCAACAUUUUCGUUCAGUUGAAAAUGUCUGUGAAGUAUCAAAACCCUGACAUGUUUGUGUUAUUCAGGUUCUGACACGAGUGUGAACCUCAGUCGUUGAAAAGUCUAAGGAUAAUGCCGUCAGUUAGGAAUAAUUGGAUAAAUGUGUCAAGUGAACGAGUCAUCACAGGUGCAUUCAUAGUUGAAACAUGUCAAAAUGUUCUCGUGCUGAACGAACCCCAGCAUCAAAUGUAAAAGCGCUCUUGUAGUUCGAAGCGACUCCGUGCUCAGGAUUGAUGUCUGAUUCACAGUUUGUGGUCGUCCGUGUUUCGUUAUUUAUGUUCUGAUAAGAACCAAAAAAACAUUCAGUCUGGCUCCUGGGAUUUCAUACGUACAGUAUCUAUAGUUAGGGAAAGAAGUGAACUUGAACGAUCCGAAAGUUUCAGGAACGUUCUCCCAACUUUAUCCUUCGUAGACGCACACUGAAGAAUACGCUGGUUCCUUUUUCCACUUUAUUCGAUCUAGUUGAAAACCAUUUUCUCCAGGGUUACUUUCACAUUCAGUCUACCCAGAUCUCUGCUGCUGCUGCUGCUCUUUAUUUCAGUAUAUAUAUAUACACACGCACACAGACCGGCCCAUAUAUAUUGGGUUUACGUGCACAAUCUAGUGAUCGUGGAGCGUUCCCAAGGUUUUGGAUCCCAUUAGAUUGUACAUGUCUACCCAUUGAGUGGCAUAUGUAUCGUAAACUGGCCUCUUCUCUCUCAAAAAUGUAUCUCUUUCCACUAAUUGUACAUUUUUGAGGCGGAAAGCUGAAUAUGCAAUAGAAACAGAUAAUCUAUCACCAUCACAUGGCGUAAUGUGGUUGCUUCCUUAUUUUCUGAUAUAAGCUAUGGGCAUAUGGGAGGUGGUUGUAUAUCUUUAUCUCUGCAGGACAGAUUUUCAGGAAAAGAUCCACUUAUUCAGUCCACUCAGACCGCAUAAGAACAGCCUAAUUGAGUUUUGACUACGAGGUGACCAAAGCGAGAACAGACAAAUUUGAAAUGUCAGCGUGGCCGAAGUAGCUACUAAAAGACAGAUGUACAGUUAUUGUUUUUAACGAAACAUUUUCUACUCGGAACAUCGUGACUUUGGUCAUAUUGUGUAAUACUGUGAAUAGGAUAGUCAGUCUAUUUCACACUCAUACUGUUUGUGAAAGUAAUCAACCAGCUUGAAUCUAAAAAAAAAAAAUUGCACUACCCAGAUAUUGUUUUAAAAUCUAUUUUGUAUAAACAUAUGCAGACAUUAACUUUUGACAACAAAGGGCCGACCAUGUUCCACAGGUAUACGCUUUCUCUAAAGAAGCUUUUUUGCUUAAAACCUGAAUAUGUACAUAUAAACCACUGUAAAAAUGUUCUGUGAUUGUCUCCAGAUAAUUUUCUAUGCCCCCCUGUAUUAUUUCCCUGCUAUAGUGUGACUCUGGUUGAACUUCCCCUCCAUUGAUUAAAGGUCGACUUGUAUGUGUCUGUGUGGUACUUAUCAAACAGCAACUGUAUGCUGAUGUUUGCCAUGAUGUUAACUCAUUAAUUCUGGAAAAUGGAAGCCGCUCAUUGUAAGCCACUGUUCAUGUUCACAGCAAGCACAUCAUCCAAUAAAUGCGCUUUUCCAUCCUGA